AUGAAGAAUCCUAAAGAAAUGACUGAUGAUGAGCUUUAUCAUUCACUCAAAGCUCGUAAAAUUCGUAUGGGUGUAGCUCGAGAAAUUUCUUCCACUUAUUCUCCAAAUCGUGUAAUUUUAACAACUCUUGUUAGUCCGGUUCAUGCGGCGGCUCAAGUUAGUGUUAACGUCAGUGGUUCGGUUGCUCAUCACUAUACCAAAUCAGAAAUGGAUGACGUAGUCAAGGAAAUGCAUGACAGAGGUCUUGAUUCAGAAAAAGUUAAUAAUGAUCCUGAAACUGAAAUUUUUAUAAAUAAAUGGGUUAAGCUUUGGAAAUGUAUGAAACUCCUUGGUACCAUCAUAGCAAUCGAUUUAUCUGAAGUUCAUGAUAUGAUCGAAGUUGUAAGCGAUUUACAUGAAGCUUUAGUCGACCUAAGUGAUGUUAUUAAUGAUAUUAGUGAAUUAUGUCUCGUUACAGUGGAUAAUCCUGAUGAUAUAAAAGAUGGUGUUAAUCAGGCUUCAAUCGUUGUAGAUAAUUUUAAGCUUGGUGUUGAUCCACUUUCUGAUUUAACUACUAAAGGUGUCGAAGGAUUUAAAGAUAUUACCUCAUCAAUCGAUCUUUCCAUUCUUACAAAUAGAUUCACUUUAUUUGUUAAUGGAAGAUUGAAAUUUGAUGCUGAAACUAUAAUUAAUGUCCUUGACUUGGCGGAUGCAACUAAAGAUCUCGCUACUGAUGAUAAAAAAGAUUCUAUGGAUGAAAACUCUACAAACAAUGCUGUAAAAGCAAGCAUCAAAGUUAAUCUUUCUAAACUUCGUGAAAUUAUUGAAAAUGAAAUUGCUAAAUUUACCACAAAAAUAUCUGACAUUUCUUUAAAAUCUGAAAAUAUCGAAAUUUUAACUACCGAUGUGACGAAAAUCGAUGAUGAGAAAGUGAAAAAUGAAAAAUCUGAAUUUAUUCUUGAGACUCACAUUAAAAAUAUUACUGCUGCGACUUCAUCUCUUAAUAUUUCUAACAUUAGUAGUCAAAUUUCCCAAUAUACUACUACUAUAUCAUCAAAUAAACUUUCAGAUCAAAAGCAAUAA